UUGACGUUCCUUGUCAGUUUGUCUUAGUAUAUACUCUUUGGUAAAAAAAAAUAAACUAGUAGAUGAAAGCAAAUAAGUACCUGGAUGAAUGAAACUGCACUAUAAAAUAGUGAAAAAGAUAUAGUAACAAUAUGAUUGACGAGGAUAAUAAAACCCUUUGGUGUGGAAAUUUACCUGAACAAGUAACUGAAGAAAUACUUUAUGAGUUGUUUUUGCAGGCGGGGCCUCUUGAAAAGGUAAGAAUUGCGAAGGAUAAAGAUGGACGUCAGAAAAACUUUGCCUUCAUAACAUACUCUCAUGAAGUGUCAGUGCCCUAUGCUAUUCAAUUGUUCCGUGGCACAGCAUUAUUUCACAGAACGCUUUCGUUACAAAGCAGAGGACGUAUCGCUCUGCUGCCACCCCCGAUAAGAUGUUCUGGACCAGAUCCAGCAGUUGAUUUUCAAUUGCACAUUAACAUGGCACAGCAGUUUGCCGAAAUGACAGAAAGACUCAAAGAGGAUGACCACAAUGUAGUCCAAUUACCUCGACAGACCCAUGACUUGAGCGACAAAUUAGUUAUAGCCAGCUUACAAGGCAAUUGGACACACAGACACCAUCCAUAUCGCCCUGAGAAAUCUCAUGGCAGAGAUGAUUAUAGGCAUAAAGAUAAUCAUAGUGAUAAUUAUAAGGGAAAUAACCGUACUAAGUACUCUGGUAACUGGAGAGACAGAAGAAAUCAUAAGAAAAACUAUAAUCAUAGAAGAGAGUAGAUAAAAGUUAAAAGAACAGUAUAUACCAAUAAGUUGUUCUAAUAUUACAUUUCUAGUUUUUUUGCAUUAAAUAUUGCAUUCUGUAAAUUUUACAAAUAUUUUGUCCGUUUAUCU